AUGUUUGUAGAUUAAAAGCUCCUACUGCAGCUGAAUAAGACUAGGACUGAAGCCUGAAGGAUGGCAGCAAAUCCUUCAGGACAAGGUUUUCAGAAUAAAAAUAGAGUUGCAAUCCUGGCAGAACUAGACAAGGAGAAGAGAAAGUUGCUUAUGCAAAAUCAGUCUUCCACCAAUCACCCUGGAGCCAGCAUUGCACUUGCAAGGUCGCCGCUGAACAAGGACUUCCGUGAUCACGCCGAGCAGCAGCACAUCGCAGCACAGCAGAAGGCUGCACUGCAGCAUGCACAUGCACAUUCCUCGGGAUACUUCAUAACUCAAGACUCUGCCUUUGGAAAUCUUAUUCUUCCUGUCUUACCUCGACUUGAGGCAGAAUGAGAAAUUAUAUUUCUCAGAACUGCAAGGUCUGAUUUCUUUUUAAAGCAGGAACUGU